GCCGUGAAGAAAUGGAUGCAGCUACAUGCAGGUUGUUGAUAUCAGUGGUGCAGCGAGGGCGCUGGGAGGCGUCCUCUGCGAGCCAGGAAGAAGGACGAGCGCAUCUUUCACCAGGCCAAUUUUUAAAGCUGGCCACAGAUUGGGUUUUUUGGACCUUGCUUCGUUUGCGCCCCUGACGAGAACGCAUCACAUUGGUUGAGUCAGCCCUACACCUGUCACUGUCUCGAUAAGCUGCUUGUUUCUGCCUUUCCUCGUCCAAGAUGGCUUCGGACGUCAACACAGACAGCCCCGUUGCAAAGGAGCUGAAGCCCGAUGCAAGGGGGAAGCCAGCUGGGGGGGGCGAGUUCAUGCAUCCCACAAAGGACUUGAGCUCAGCGACUAAGGUGCCCCUUUUCAAACGGCUGAUGAAAAGAGAGGUACUGCUUCAAUCAAUGCCAGCUGACCAGCUCCUGGCAUGUUUAUAGUGUCAUCUGUCAGGAUCAGCAGAAGGUUGGCCUCUCGUCUGGGAUUCCUGGAUUGCUCCCAGGUGCUCAGGAGCUCGCAAAAGAAAGUUUCACAUUGCACGACCAGUGAGGAGGAAGAAUGGAGCAAGACUUACGCCAAAGCGGCAUCGGUGCACUGAAUCACCUCCGUGUCGAAGUACUCAAUCACAGGCCUGCUGCGGGUCAGCUAUUUUGAAAAAGCUGGCAGUAACCGCAUGCUUUCGCCCGGCCAAAACAACCAUGUUUCGGAAGGGGUUCAAUUAUUUGAAGUACCUUCUUCUGAGAGGAUGCUGUUGGAACCAGCUCUUACCAGUUCUGCCCCUCUUUCUCGCUGUUGGGACAGCCAUUAGCCUUGCCGGCUGGUCGGUGAACAGGCAGCUGCUCAAACAACCCGAGGUCCGUACUAGCUUGAACAAAGACCGGCGUUCUGGCGAGGUACCUGAGAUCGACAACCCUGAGGAGAUGACUGACAGAGGGAAGCAGUACUUGGAGAAGACCAUGACUAGGGACACUCUCAGGAAGCCGAUUUUUGCUCCAAUUCUGCGCUUCUUCUCCGUCCCUUCUCAGUCCAAGGAGGAGGAGGCGAUUAACAGUCAGGCCAAGGGAAAAAGCCUCAAAAUGUCACUGGAAGUACCCAAGGGUCGCGUGCAGACAUGAACAACCCAGAUACUCAGAGGUGGGCUGUAAAUACGCAUAUGCACUUCUCGUUUCUCGGCCCAAAUUUCAAUGACGCGGCAGCCUGAAUCAAGGUGGGUUCAGGACGGUGUCCAAAUGGCCGUCAGCGGUGUAAAUAGACAUGGCGCACGAGUGAAAGGCUCGCAUGUACCAUAUACCCGGCCCGCCGUUGUUCACAGCAGGAUUUCAACUUAGACAAGGCACUUUAAAAUGUCGUUUUCUAAAGCGCUUGUUAGGUUCGCCUGCGUUGGCGCAAAGCCGAAUUAGAUAUAUGAACUAUGCAGCAGGCUUGAUUGGCAUAUGUAGAUUUGACAAUAGACACGAUAGCUAGAGCCUGCAACAGUCGAGGACAUAGUGCAACAUGUAUUGGGCAAGCAUACAGACUGGCAGUGUUUGAUGAUACUAGUUACCUGGCACAUGCCAGUUGAUCGACAGAUAGAACUUUGUGUGUAACUCUUUCUACCGUCACCG